AUCAAAACCCAUCAUGGGUAGAUGCCUCUAGAGAAGUGUGAGUACCAGUCAAAUGAGCCUAUCAGGCCACUUGUGCUAGUUGGGAACGGUAAGUGGUGACGCGAGCGAGCGCUUACUGUCGUUGGGGUUGCUGCGACAACCAAAAAUCAUGGUGCUGUAAACACUCAGAGGCAACGAGGGUCGUCAUCAGCCCCAUCGACAUGACAACCGCCGGAAGUCACUAGUAGGCUUUGCAUCUGGCUGUCAACACCUAAACUCUUCUCCCUUCCCAUACACUCCUGAUUCUCACAUAUCAAACCACCUGCUACACCGUCAAAGGACAAAAGAACAAGACAAAGACAAGCGAAGAAGCCUCUCAGGGCCAGUUUUGAACCCAAACAUCGAUACUGCCCGAGAGGGCCCCUUCUGAUAUCUGAUAAGAGUCGCAAGCAAUUGCCUGCGACUGGUGGAGAUAUAAGAAAAAAAGACCGCUGCCCGGUCCGCAGCCCAUUGCGCUGCGUGAGUCUCGAACCAUAAGAAGGAACCCUUUUCCGGAAAGACUACCACACCACCUUCGACAAGACGACAUUUCGAACUCAUCUCGCCUAAGAUGAUGUCCAAUCCACCUUCAUCUCUUCACCACCAACAGGCAAUGCAUCGGAGACAGAACUCGACGCCCGUUGUAUCCUAUGAAGCCAUGAAGGUCAACACCAGUAUGCCACCACAACGACAAACACUUCACAGAAGAGGACAAUCGUUUGACCAGCAACGAAGUCCCAUCCGAAGACAACACGGCAGUACGGUAAGUAUGACUAACCUAGGACAAUACCAUGGACAACAAAUUUUGCGGGAAGCGCAGCAGCAGAAAAUAGCAAGACCGGGCCAGCAGCACUUGCAACUAAAUCUUGAUACACCAAUCUCACCUGAUUGUGGUAUCUACUCUGGGGUCUCUGGCUCACUGCCAGAGACUCCUCUUGAAAACAUGCCAAUGAAUGCUUUCAUGCACCAGAAUCCCCAGUGCAUGGACUUUCCGCAUUCACCACAGUUCUACUCCGACAUGCACAUGUCGAUGCGCAAUGGAAUGCCGAGUAUGGCCAUCAUGGACGAGAACAAUCCUCAGUAUCUCCACGAAGCGCACUCUCACAACUUUCAUUCUCAGCGCACCCGCAACUUGUCCUUUGACGCGCGCAGACUCUCUCAACCAGACCUGCGUGUGCAGACACAGUUGCGUCCGCAUACUCCUUCACAUCAAAUCCAGACUGCACAAUUUCCUCUCACUCCUCCGUUCAGUCAGCACAAUUCAGGCGCUCAAUAUUCACGAUCCCUUCAAGCAUCACCGUCUCUUCAAUCUCCGUAUCCAAUUCCGAUGGCUAGAGGCCGGUCGUUGCAAGGCAUCAUCGAGAACGAAGAGUUCAAGGCUGACUUUAUGAACACUCCGACCGCCGCCAAUUUCGAGAUCGCCGAGUUGCCAACCGCAUCAUCUCGAAGACAACUCGCGAGCCCUCAAAUGCAUCCUCAAGGUGAGCCAACCAAGGCAGUUGGUUCAUCGUCUCCUGCGAUGCCAUCUGACGACAACGCAACUCACGUGCCAAAGCUUGGUGAACGUCCCGGCCCGAUUCUUACCACAGGUCAAGUCCCCGCCGGCAGUGCAUCACCAGGACGUCCAGCGCUGUCACCUCGCCGAAUGUCCAUCUCCGAUCUCAAUCUUGAGCCUGGAAUAUCGGCAUCGAUUGAAGAAACAAACAUUACACUCGACGACAUCGUACAGUUCAUUGACGGUCCCGACCCCGUGGACAACAAAUGGGUCUGCACCUAUCCGGAAUGCGACAAACGCUUCGGCCGAAAGGAAAACAUCAAAUCCCACGUUCAGACCCAUCUCGGCGACCGUCAAUUCCGCUGCGACCAUUGCGGCAAAUGCUUCGUACGAGGCCACGACUUGAAACGCCACGCUAAGAUCCACACCGGCAACAAGCCAUACCCGUGUGCUUGCGGCAACUCUUUCGCCCGUCACGACGCUCUGACCCGUCACCGUCAGCGUGGCAUGUGCAUCGGCGCGUUCGAAGGUACUGUCAAGAAGGUCGUCAAGCGAGGUCGCCCACGCAAGCACCGCCCCGAGAUGGACGAGCGUCUCGACAAGUCCCAGCGUACCCGCCAGAAGAACACCACCCAUGGCGACGCGCUGUUGUUGAACGACUACUAUCCCUCGUCCUCGCCCAGCUACUCCGGAGCAUCGAGCUACGGUUCACCACCGACCGAGGACAUGGACAAUCUCAGCAUUCGAGGCACCACGCCAUUCGUUGACAACAACAACGGCAUGCAAAUGUUCAGUCUCUCCUCCUCCAACGCCGCCAACCUUGUAGGAAUGGAACCGAUGAUCACUUUCCCACCUGAUGCCUUCUCCUUCACCCCUCCCGCAAGCCCAGGUUACUCGACCGGCAACAAACCCAGUCCGUUGACAUACCGCGAACUCACCCCGGCAGAGCUUCACCACCACGCCACCAGCGAGGCUGCUCAGCAGAUGCUUCCCGACUUGCCGAGCAUGGACCCUAGUCUAUCUGUCAUGAACGGUGGUGGUGUCAACGGCUACUCUACCGCCCAGAGCCUACCCAGCCUGUCUCAUUCCAGCUCUUCACCCGCCGCCGACGUCGUCGCGUUCGACUUCUCCGACCUCCCCACCGACACCUCGUCAACCAUGAUGAGUUCAUCGUCGCAGAUGCCAGGCAUGAAGCUCGACAACGACCGCAACGACUUUGACGCCUUUCUCGACUACGGAGGCAUGGAGAUGAACAUGGACCCAAGUGUGCAAGACUUUUUCUCCAUCUAGGUGAUGGAUGAGUUGAACUCAAUGUUCAAAUACUUGCCCUUCUAAACAUAGAGAACAAGAACACGAAUUGAUCAGCCAUAGUUCUUGGUUCACUGUUCAUGGGUUAAUGGUUCACAGGUCAAGAUGAGAAAAAAGGGCAAUGCAUUCUUUCAGUCAGCAGGGUGUGUGGGUGUUAUCAUUGGGUGUUUGGGGCGUGUCACUUGGUCGAAAUUGCUUUCCCUGGUUGAAAUCGAAACGAAAGCAACGCAAAUGUGUAACUUGUACAAUAGCCAUGGAAUGACACGAACGAACGAAUGGGACUGGGCCAACAAAGACUACUGGAGUUUGGGGGUGUCAUUUUGAGCGUGAGCGUAUGGGAUUCAGCAGGAAAGACAAAGCGAGAGAGCGUAUGGACAGCCUAUCUGGCUCGAGGAAUGGGAGGACACACAGCAUUGUGUUGUGUUAUCUUGUCAAAGUGUGCUUUUCCCCCAAUGCGUUGCUUCUUCUUGAGUUUCUUUUCUCUCUCCUUUCGUUCUUUCAUAACCAGGCAGCUCAUGUGCUGGACUGUACAUUCCUUUUUUUUCAUUGUAUCUCUCUGGCAGGCAUCUCUCACUCAUUUCGUGUUUUCCCACCUCUUGUUGUCUGCCUGAGCAAGAACAGCCUCAUCGUCAAAGAAGGGACGGGCACUCGGGUAUCGGGAUUCUUUGCCUUGCACGACAACGAUGCGCUUGUUUUUGCUAAGCAACAAUGAGGCGGAACCGAGCUUAGAACGGAAGCACCUGACGGAGCAACCCAGGCAGGCAGGCGUGGGAAGGACACAUGCCUGCGUCGGGCCUGAGUUUGGUCAAUAGUCACUAGCACUACUAAUUCCAUCUUGCCAUAA